CGAGGCUGUGACGAUGACACGUGAACUUCUCUCCGUGGUGACGCUGCCACCGCUUAUACCGCCUCACGUGUCCAGACGAACCUGCAGCUCCACCAGCGGAUCAGACUCACACACACCAUCCGUGAGGAAGCUUCAUCUUCAGGACAACCGCGUCCCUUCUUCUCCGGUACCGUCUCAUCCAUUACAGUCUGUAUCUGCUGUAUCCACAGCCCGGCUCCAUACAAUUAUGAAGGGAAUGAUUCUUCAGCUCAGCCGCAGCCUGGGCCGCGCCGCCCCCGUCUGCCGCAGCAGCGUCUACUCGGGGACGCGUCCCGCCUCCACCGCCAGCUCCAAACAGAGGGCCGAACGCCAGCUCACUGCAGAGGAGAUCUACGCCCGCGAGGACAAGCACGGAGCACACAACUACCACCCCCUGCCCGUGGCCUUGGAGCGAGGGGAGGGCGUCCACGUGUGGGACGUGGAGGGCAACCGCUAUUACGACUUCCUGAGUGCUUACAGCGCCGUCAACCAGGGGCACUGCCACCCGAAGAUCAUAGCGGCGCUCAACGCCCAGGCCUCCAAGCUCACCCUGACCUCCAGAGCUUUCUACAACGACGUGCUCGGGGCCUACGAGGAGUACAUCACCAACAUGUUCGGCUACGACAAAGUUUUACCCAUGAACACGGGUGUUGAAGGUGGCGAGACGGCCUGCAAGCUCGCCCGCAAAUGGGCGUACAAUGUGAAGGGCGUUCCCAAGAACAAGGCCAAAAUCAUUUUUGCCGAUGGGAAUUUCUGGGGUCGCACCAUGGCGGCCAUCUCCAGCUCCACGGACCCCAGCAGCUACGAAGGUUUCGGCCCCUACAUGCCAGGGUUUGAGCUCAUCCCAUUCAAUGACAUACCUGCACUGGAGAAAGCCUUCCAAGACUCACAUGUGGCAGCUUUCAUGGUGGAGCCCAUCCAGGGCGAGGCCGGGGUGGUGGUGCCCGACCCGGGCUACCUGACCAAAGUCAGAGAACUCUGCACCAAAUACAACGUGUUGUGGAUCGCUGAUGAGGUGCAGACCGGCCUGGCACGUACCGGCCGGCGGCUGGCCGUGGACCACGAGGAGGUCCGUCCAGACCUGGUGAUUCUGGGCAAAGCUCUCUCGGGAGGAGUUUACCCUGUAUCGGCUGUGCUGUGCGAUGAUGAGGUAAUGCUGACCAUCAAACCCGGGGAACACGGCUCCACGUACGGUGGCAACCCUGUGGCCUGUCAGGUGGCCAUCGCAGCACUUGAGGUGAUGGAGGAGGAGAAGCUGGCAGAGAACUCUCAGAAAAUGGGAGAGCUGCUGCGGAGCGAGUUGAGGAAACUGCCCAGAGACAUAGUGACAGAAGUCCGAGGAAAAGGUCUCCUCAACGCCAUCGUCAUCAAGGAGACUAAAGACUACGAUGCCUGGAAGGUGUGCUUACGUCUCCGUGACAACGGACUGCUGGCCAAGCCCACCCACGGCGACAUCAUCCGCUUUGCUCCUCCCCUCGUCAUCAAGGAGCACGAGCUGCAAGAAUGUGUGGAGGUCAUCCAGAAAACCAUCUUGUCCUUCUAAACCUCGGUCUGGUAACAAAGAAAAAGCAUCCUUCAAAUCGACGAUCCACAUUAGCUGCAGCUGUGACUUGAGGAGAAGUCACAGAUUGCUUAGUUGUUUCUUAGUUCUCGUUGUUUUCUUCAUAGACAGAGGCUCUUUGAAGGACGUUACUGUAGAUAUACAGUAGAAGAGGCUGUGUGUGGAGUGGGCUUCUGUCAGGAUACAAUGGCACUUUAGAAAAAUGUUCCUUUAGAGCGCCUCGAGAAAGACUGCAACACAUCGGUGGUUUUUCUGAAAUGUUCUUAAUUUGUUUUUAACACCUAAUUCAUCUAAAGUUAGAUUUUCACUGGUAAUGUAAAUAAUGCCGUGAAUCUUGAAUGAAAAAAUUAUUUUAUUUAAAAAGGACAAGCGUUUUUUUACCAGUGAAAUAAACUGUAAAAACUAAGCGAAGUUAUUUUAACGUUAUCAUCAAAGACACAAAAUUGAAUCCCGACUUUUGUGUAGAACUUUAGUGUUACACAGACGGAAGUCCAGCUGUCACUCACAUGAAAACCCUGACUGCAGUACAGUCGUACAGACAAUAGCUCACAGUUGUUUUAGCUAGUCUACUCAGCUACUGCUGCCUGCUAACACUUACCUUGUUACCUAAACUUCUGGGUUAUUCAAAAUCCCACUAUCAGAUACACAAACCGAUUAAAGAAAAUGUUGAAAUGUGAAUUCACUCUCUAGAUUCCAGGUCUUGAAUGAUUUCAUAAACUUUCCAUGUCCGUAAAAAACGGCUUAUAUUUUUAAUUUAACCUAAGUUAUGACUUUUAAACUUUCUGGGAGAUGUUACUAUUGAACUUCUUUUGCUCCACAAUUUUGUGUAAUUUGUGGCGUCUGCGAGGAAAUGUGUUGUGUGAGGCUACUGGACGUAAGGGAGGACCUGUGCUUCUUGCUGAGUGUUCAACAGACUGAUGAAUGUUUUAUCUGUUGCGAAACAAUCAUUUGCAAAGACUGUAUAACAAUUCACCUUGUUACAAAACUCGUUCCUUAAAUAAACGACUGCUGUCUGGUCUUGACUUGUCCGGCUGUGGUAGAACUGUU